AUGGCUGUCCUAGCGGCUACUGGUCCUCUCGGAGCUCCUCACCUGGAGGUGGGCUCCUCAGGGCGGGUUGUGACCCUGGCUCCAAGGUCAUCCUUCUCAGUUCCGGGUUCCCAUCCCUCCUCAGGCAGGCCUACUUUCCAGCAGCAAACACAUUAUAAGGUCCUGUUUCCAGACAAAAAAACCUCUUACAGAAUUCCAUCACUGGUAUAUAUUGAGUCAAAAAAGAUAUUCUUAGCCUUUGCAGAAAAACGCAAAACAUGCAACGAUACUGAUGCUGAUGAUCUUGUGAUGAGAAAAUGGAAAGUGGACAUCUCUGAAGAGUGGGAAGAUAUGAAGGUUCUAAGUGAGGCAAAGAUGAGUGACCAUCGUUGCAUGAAUCCAUGUGCAGUAUAUGUGGAAAAAGGUAAAGAAAAUUAUAAAGGAACACAAGAACAGAAAAAAGGAAUUAUUUAUUUGUUUUUCAACUGCAUACCAUAUGGUGUUAGUGAAGAACAACAAAUACGUGAAGGUAAGAAUCAAGCUAAACUCUGUUAUAUUUCAAGUGCUGACUAUGGGAAGACCUGGAAAAAGCAAAAAGACAUAACCAACAUUGUUGCUGGCUUUGACCUAGAGAAGAUUGCAACUUUCUCUGUAAGCCCUGGCCAUGGUAUCCAGCUGAAUGAUGGAACAGUAGUACUGCCAGCAUAUGCUUACAUGAAGAAAAACAGUGGAUCUUCAGAAAACACAACACAGAAUUCUGGCCCAUACUCUUUCUUUUUUUACUCAUGUGGUUAUAAAGAGAAUAGCUGUAGUUAUUUAUCAUGUUUUUCUUCAUGUUUCUCUUCUGAAGACCCAGAACUUACCUGGCGUGCAUCUAAAUUCAGUGAAAAAAGUGCUGGUGAAUGUCAAGUUGCUGAGGUCACAAUCGAGAAUGAAGAAAGAAUUAUAUACUGCAAUGCAAGGACAUUAAAAAAGGAAAGUUACAGAGCUGAGUUUAAAAUCAAAAUCAAAAACAUUAAGGAAGACUUUUGUUAUGUAAAUGAAAAAUGUCUACCUGAAAGUGAAAAUACUAAUGGAUGUCAGGGGAGUGUUGUUUCAUUUCCAGCCCUAAGCAGAAAAGAGAUUAAUCCCCAAGAUGGCUCCCAGUGGCUUCUAUAUUCACAUCCAACAACGUCUGAAAGAGAAAAGCUUGGUGUGUACCUAAAUAAGAACCCAUCUGACCCAAAAUCCUGGUCUAAUCCCUGGGUAAUUAGUAAUAUAAAAAAUGGUUAUUCUGACUUGGUUUACUUUAAAGGAAAAACAAAUGAAGAAACAUCAUUUGCCUGCCUUUUUGAAAAAGGUGAAAAUGAUUAUUGGGAUGAAAUUGGAUUUUGUCAUUUUAAUAUCAAUCAAGUCCUGGAUGGUAUUAAACAAGAAAAAAGUGCUAAUGAAUAA